AUGGUCGAAUGCAAAGAGCCGACCAUUAUCUUCGAGGACAAUGCGGCUUGCAUAGCUCAGCUCAAAGAUGGUUAUAUCAAAGGGGAUAGGACAAAACAUAUUUUGCCUAAGUUCUUCUUUACCCACGAUUUGCAAAAGACCGGAGAGGUCAAAGUGAUCCAAGUACGGUCUAGUGAUAACUCUGCCGAUUUAUUUACUAAGGCACUUCCGACCUGUACAUUCAGGAAGCUCACGCAUCAGAUUGGGAUGCGUAGGCUGAAAGACCUCCACCGAGUUUACCUACAAUCUGUGUUGUUGCAAAACAACGCAAUCUCUGGCCCAAUUCCUGAUACGAUUGGGAGGUUGGAGAAGCUUCAGACACUUGAUCUUUCCAACAAUUCAUUCACCGGGGAGAUACCGGCCUCACUUGGAGAACUCAACAACUUAAAUUACUUGCGGUUGAACAAUAACAGUCUUUCAGGAACUUGCCCCCAGUCUCUGUCCAAGAUCGAGGGGCUUACUCUAGUCGACAUUUCGUAUAACAAUCUUAGCGGUUCGCUGCCAAAAGUGUCUGCCAGAACUUUCAAGGUGAUCGGAAACGCAUUAAUCUGUGGCCCAAAAGCUGCUGCAAAUAACUGUUCUGCUGUCCUCCCCGAGCCUCUCACGCUUCCACAAGAUGUUCCAUCAGAUGAUUCAGGAACUCAUACCAAUGGCCAUCACGUAGCUGUUGCAUUCGCCGCGAGCUUCAGCGCUGCAUUUUUUGUUAUCUUCACCAGUGGAAUGUUUCUUUGGUGGAGAUAUCGACGCAACAAGCAAAUAUUUUUCGACGUUAAUGAACAAUAUGAUCUAGAGGUGAGCUUAGGGCACUUGAAGAGGUAUACAUUCAAGGAGCUUAGAUCCGCAACGAAUCAUUUCCACCCGAAGAAUAUUCUCGGAAGAGGCGGAUACGGGAUUGUGUACAAAGGACACUUAAGCGACGGAUCUUUGGUGGCUGUAAAGCGUCUCAAAGACUGUAACAUUGCUGGCGGAGAAGUCCAGUUUCAGACGGAGGUAGAGACUAUAAGUCUGGCUCUUCAUCGCAAUCUCCUCAGGCUUCGCGGUUUCUGUAGUAGCAACAACGAGAGAAUCUUGGUCUACCCUUACAUGCCUAAUGGGAGCGUGGCCUCACGCUUAAAAGAUCAUAUCCGGGGAGAACCAGCGUUGGACUGGUCGAGAAGGAAGAAGAUAGCGGUCGGUACUGCGAGGGGAUUAGUGUACCUUCAUGAGCAGUGUGACCCGAAGAUUAUACACAGAGAUGUGAAGGCAGCUAACAUUCUAUUGGAUGAAGACUUUGAGGCGGUCGUUGGUGAUUUCGGGUUAGCCAAGCUUCUAGACCAUAGAGACUCACAUGUCACGACCGCGGUCCGUGGAACCGUUGGCCACAUUGCACCUGAGUACUUGUCCACUGGUCAGUCCUCGGAGAAAACUGAUGUCUUCGGCUUUGGUAUACUACUUCUUGAGCUCAUUACGGGUCAGAAAGCUCUUGACUUUGGCCGUUCCUCGCAUCAGAAAGGGGUCAUGCUCGAUUGGGUGAAGAAGCUGCAUCAAGAAGGGAAACUAAAACAGUUAAUAGACAAAGAUCUUAACGACAAGUACGAUACAGUGGAGCUCGAAGAAAUCGUUCAAGUUGCUCUUCUUUGCACUCAGUUUAAUCCAUCUAAUCGACCUAAAAUGUCCGAAGUUAUGAAAAUGCUUGAAGGCGACGGCUUGGCCGAUAGAUGGGAAGCGUCGCAGAGCGGUGGGGCAAAGUCGCUGCCUCCUCCGUUGCCGUCGGGGAUGGUGAGUUCAUCGCCGCGUGUAAGAUAUUACUCUGAUUAUAUCCAGGAAUCGUCACUUGUGGUGGAAGCCAUUGAGCUCUCUGGUCCUCGAUGAAGACCAAUGAUCAUUCACUUUUUUUUUUCUUGGGUUUGUUUUUGUUUGGUUUUACUUGUUCUUUUUCUUAAAAAUGUUUAUAUAGUUGUGGAGUAGUGUAAUUUACAACUUUUCUGUAAAAAUAAUAUUUUUUCUCCCGUAAUAUUCCUUCCGUUCCUAAAUAA